GGAAACUCUGACUUUCAAAACAAGAUAUUACUGCCAUAAGCAAUCGAUCCACAGUCUCAUUAAUAAAUAGAAACACACGGAUUUUCACUCACGCACACGCACACACCACACACGCACACACACACAGACACACACAGACACAGCUCUCCAAAAUUCUUUACCACAUUAUCACAGCUACUCGCCACAGUAUUGGAGGCAUCUGAAUUGGUUAGGGGAGAGGGAGCAAGUGAGAGAGGGAAAAAGAGAGAGAGAGAGAAAGAGAUAGCAGAUUGGACGGGGGGAGAGGAUUCACAGGCUACUCUGGAUAGAGCCACAGCAGAAAUUCUGAUCAUUAAGUUAAGAAACUGUGAGAGGUGAUUCCCCUGGGGUUGGACCAGCUCAGCCUGGGCGAAGGCGAUGAGCAGGAGGACGGAUCGGGCAGGGUGGGGAGCUGAUCAGGACGGAGGUCACGCUCACGUGCCCUUUGCCAAAUCGCAUCCACGCUCGACUUGCAUAUAGAUCUCCGACUUUUACUUUCAUCCCUUUGUUCGUAUUUUGCUUCCCCGCGAAAGUGGACUGGAGCGCUUGCUGCCGGGAAAACGGGGAUGCUAAGUGAAGCCGGCGACACCUGAGAGCGGGACUGCAGGGAAGACCCCAACCCACCAGGCGGCUGGAGGUGAGCUCCAAGGUGAAGCCAUGUGCCCGCUAAGGAUGCCUGUUGUCAGGUGCUUCCACCUGCUGAGCUUCCUUACCUCCCUGCGUCUUUCGCCCGUCUGUAGCUCCAGGAUCCGAGCCCAUGCUGAGGAACGUCUCCUGAACACCCUGUUCGUUCACUACAACAAGCUGUCACGGCCCGUCGCAAACAUCUCAGACGUGGUGCUGGUCCGCUUCGGCCUGUCCAUCGCCCAGCUUAUUGACGUGGAUGAAAAGAACCAGAUGAUGACCACCAAUGUCUGGGUGAAGCAGGAGUGGAAUGAUUACAAACUCCGAUGGAAUCCAGACGAAUACGACAACGUCACGUCCAUCCGCAUCCCAUCUGAGCUGAUCUGGAGGCCGGACAUUGUCCUCUACAAUAAUGCUGAUGGAGAUUUUGCUGUGACCCAUUUGACCAAGGCCCACCUCUUCCACGAUGGCAGGAUUAAGUGGACACCCCCUGCCAUUUAUAAAAGCUCCUGCAGCAUAGAUGUCACUUUCUUCCCCUUUGACCAGCAGAACUGCACUAUGAAGUUCGGCUCCUGGACCUAUGAUAAGGCUAAGAUUGACUUGAUAAGCAUGGCCAGUAACGUGGACCAAAUGGACUACUGGGAGAGCGGGGAGUGGGUCAUCGUGAAUGCUGUGGGCACCUACAACAUCAAGAAGUAUGAGUGCUGCACAGAGAUCUACCCAGACAUCACUUACUCCUUCAUCAUCCGAAGGCUGCCUCUCUUCUACACCAUCAACCUCAUCAUUCCCUGUCUGCUCAUUUCCUGUCUGACUGUCCUGGUCUUCUACUUGCCCUCAGAGUGUGGCGAGAAGAUCACCCUCUGCAUCUCGGUCCUACUCUCCCUCACAGUCUUCCUCCUCCUCAUAACAGAGAUCAUCCCAUCUACCUCUCUGGUAAUCCCACUCAUCGGAGAAUACCUGCUCUUCACCAUGAUCUUCGUCACCCUCUCCAUCAUCAUCACCGUUUUCGUGCUUAACGUGCAUCACCGCUCUCCCCGCACACACACCAUGCCGCACUGGGUCCGAAGGGUCUUCCUGGACCUGGUACCACGGAUCCUCUUCAUGAAGCGCCCAUCCACUGUAAAAAAAAACUGCAAGAAGCUGAUAGAGAUGAUGCACAGGAGACGUAGCUCACCAAUCUUCUGGCCCAGAAUGGAGUCCCCACGACCGUCCCCUGACACAGUCUGUAACAGCCCAGAUGUUCUGGCCACCUCAACGUCCUCAAACUUGGGUUUUCCCCUGGACAGUCACACUGUGCCCAGGACACCACUGCUAUGUGCAUCUCCCUCUAGCCAGUACUCUGUUCUCCUCGAGGAUCCUCCGAAAGCCCCCGUGCACCACUUCCCGCUGGAGGUGCCCCACGCUCCCCACAAGCUGCGUUCGCUGAGCGUCCAGUACCCCGACGAUGAGCGGGAUCUCCCCCAGGGUCCUGCACUGUGCCGCUCAAGGAGCAUCCAGUACUGCUGCCUCAGGGACGAGUGCUCGCACAGCAAUGGCCGGGGCAGUUCCAAGCCCAGCCGGUCCACCUCCCAGAUGGAGACGUCCUGCAGCAUCCAGACCCUCUGCAGAUGCCAGGGUCCGCUUGAAUUAUCAGUGCCAUCCACCAGGCCCGUCACAGAAACUGGGAUCAAGGAACAACCUCUUCUGGUGAUGUCUCCAUCCAUGGAACUGGCCAUUGAGGGCAUCCAGUAUAUUGCAGACCACCUAAGAGCUGAGGAUGCAGACUUUUCUGUGAAAGAAGACUGGAAGUAUGUGGCGAUGGUCAUAGACAGGAUUUUCCUGUGGAUGUUUAUAUUGGUAUGUGUUCUGGGAACACUGGGACUUUUCCUGCCUCCUUGGCUGGCUGGGAUGAUUUAGGGUAGCGGAGCAGACAUGGUUGGGUCUGUAGAGAACAAUCCAGAACUACAGAAUAUGAAUUAAUCCCAGUAACUCUUCUGAAAGACAAACAUAUCAGACAUAAAUAGUUGUCUAUACUUGACUGAAGUUUAGCUUUGCUUUGAUGUUACCUGUAAAUCCGACGGUUUUUCACAUUUUUACUCAUUCCGGUUAGUGCCCAGUCCUGCCAUGGAAACAGUUUUCCUCUUGGCAUUUCAUUUCCCAAAAGGUAUUUUUCCAAUGAUUCCAGAAGGCUAUACAUGACAUUUUUUUUCCCUUAUAGUGAAUAACAAUCACCUGAAACCAUAAUAUUAUUACUGUAUAAUUGAGCACUGGUGGCAUUUUAUCAGAAGUGUAAUUUCUUCCUUUUGGCUUUUGGUACAAGAAAUAGCAGAAAAAAAAAUACAAACUAGCCUGGUUCUCUCAGUGAAUGAGACAGAAUUCUGUGUGUAUAUAUAUAUAUAUGAACAAGUUGGCUGCCUUUACUUUAUUAUAUUACUGAAAGUACAGUAUUUACAGCCAUGUGAAAAGAAACAAAAAAGUUUGGAAAUAAACGAAUACCUCAUCAACAAACACAUUAUCACCAUAAUUAGAAAAGGCUGUUACACAUUUUAUCACUUCAUAUUCCUAUCAGAAUCCUGAGAACCCAAUUAAACACAAACUAAUAAUUUCUGCAAAAUGCAUAAAACUGUUGUGACCCAAUGUACUGCGAGAUGUGUGCAGAGUUGCACAGACCUACAGUCAUUGCAUUCAUCAAUCAGUCUUUCUGUCCGUCUUCCACACUGUGUAUUUGUGGGCCUGUGAAGCAGUCUAUACGUGGAAGUAUAGACUGCCUGCUACCCAUCCCAGGGUUCAUUGCAUUCAUUAUCAUUCUCUUUACUGUCAAUUUACAAAAUGGAAUAAACAUCAAAUAAGCUGCUUGUAUAGCCUGCCAGUUCCUUUGCAGAUAGCGUAAUUCUGCAAACUCAGUGCAUUACUUAAUCAUUUUGGGCGGUGGAUAAUUGCAGUGAUCACAAUGAAGUGAUUAAAGGUGAGGGGACAAAGCCAGGGCAAAAGCCCCUCCAGUCACUGGUAACCAGCUCUUAAUUAUAAUAUGAAGCCAGAGAGACUUAUAUUUUCCCUGUCUGUUGUUUCCUUGGUAAAGGCCACACAGAAUGACUGUCUGUGCUGCUGGUUUGGCUCCGCGUUUAACACUCAUAAUGAAUGUCAUUCGCCUUCAACAGAACUGCUCUUCCCCUGUUUAUUUUUCACUGGAGGUGCUUUAAUCAUAAUUUGACCUGGUGUUUGUUUAUUAAAGGGAACCAGACCUCCUUCAAAUCUAACUUCAGGAAGCAGAUGAAGUGGAAUAUUGGUAUUUGACUUGUGGUCCAGCUGCAUGAAUCAAACCCAUU